AUUUUAGAACUGUUCUUAAACUUAAACGAGUCAUCCUACUGGUACCAGCUUUAUUGGUGAGCUUCAUUCUGUGGUAAAGAGUGUGGAUGUGAAGACAUCUUAGCCAACCAUGCCACCUAUUAGCUUUAUAAACUUGGGCUCAUAUCUUUUUCCUCAUGUGUAACAUGAGGAUAGUAAAUCUGCCAAGUGAUAUUGUUGUUAGGAUUAAGAAAAAUAAGAUAAAGGAAAAUUCCUUGUGUGCGGCAGUUCACACUUGUAAAUGGUUGAGACUGUUAUUUUUCUUACUUGGUAGCACUUGCCUGUAUCAUGCUGGAGCCCUGAGUGAUCCUUGAAUUGUUGAUAACUCAAAACUUCUUUCACUCCCUAGUGUGGGAGUCCAAGAAGUAAACAUAUGUAAGAAGUAUAAUGCAGGAUUCUCAGACUGGUUUGUAGGGUGGCCCAGAAUACAAAUUGAAAAGCUUCCGUUAUUAUGUACAUUAAUAUUUGAUUUAGAGGGUAAGGAUUUAGCUCAGUGAAAGAGUGUACCUAGACUGCACAUGGCUGUGGGUUUAAUCCCCAGUGCCAUCAAAUAAUAAAAUUCAUGCCAGGCAUGGCGGUACAGGUGUGUAAUCCCAGUUAUUCAAGAGGCUGAGGCAAGAGGAUCACAAACUUGAGGCCAGCCUGGGAAUGUAGCCUAAUGGUAGAGUAAUUCUUGGGCUAAUCUGCCACCCAAUACAAUUCACAAUAUCUCAUGGAGCUCGGAAGAAUAAUCCAGUGUGUCAAUUUUAGUUGAAAUUUGAAGAGAAGCAGCAAGAUAAAUCAUUAAAGCAGAAAGCGUGCUGUUUAGUAGAGAAAAAAUAACUGCGGCAGCAGUUACAAGUUACCGAGACUUUUGGUAGCAGCAGUUAUUUGCUAAUUUUAAAUGAACUUUAGGUCCAAUUGGCAAAACCUCAAAAGCAGUGUUUUGGCUGCAGUGUUGACAGAGCAGGAAAGAAAAGACUGAUUUUCCUCCCUACAUUUAUAACCUUGUGGAUGAUGACACUAUUUAAGAAAAAGCAUGAAUCAAUGAAAGCAAGUAAGGAACUUGAUCUAGAAUGGAGGACCAAGGAAACCUUCCUUGAGGUGAUGUUGAAACUGGAAUAAGUGGGCUGCAGGUUGUGAGCAUUUAGAUCAGAGAAAAAGUAUUUGCAGAGGCUCUAUUGCCAAAGGGAAAAGGUGAAGCACUCAUAAAAUAAGAGGUAAGACCUAUCCAGGCACAUAAUGUAUAUGGAGCUAGCAAAGGUUUGGAAAGAUUUGUAACUAGAAUAUGACUAAGAAAUGUACAUACUAGUUGGGAUAGUUAAGCAAAGGCCUCCCAAAACUAAGUAAAAGUGAGCACUGAUAAAUAACCUGGAAUCUUGGCCAGAGAGCAGGGAAUCACAUUUAAAAUGAUACAGAAGUUUUGAUAAAUUAUGUGGCAUUUAAAGUUAUAUUUUGCACUAUAUAGUAAGAACAACUCACCUAAUUUCCAGUGCUUAGGACUUAAGGGCUUCAGCCUCAAUAAUAACUGUGAUGAGUUGGGUUAUUUUAUUUUUGCAAAAAGCUGAGUCCAAAAGUAUAAUUUCUUAGGCACUCCAGGAGAUUAAUGGCAAUUUAAUUAGGCCUAAAAUUUAUUAUAACUCCAGACGUAUUACCCUGCCCUUUUAAGGAUGACUUAAUUUCAAGAAAAUUCUAAGUUGGAGAGAACAUACUCGAGAACUAGAACGUCCGGUUAUAGGGGGAAGCAAAUCAGUUGCAAAUACUAGCCACUAAGUUAUUCUGAUUACCGCAGUCUCCAAGCCAAUGGGAUGAGCCGUACUAACGAUACAGCUGAAAGAGCUCCGCCCCCCGACCCAAAGUCCAAUGGUUUCGCCGUAACAAUGUUCCUGACAGGAAGAGCAAACCCUGGUACCAAUGACCUGCGUCGUAUCCAUGGUUCCAGCCGGAAGGACGCCUUUGCGUGGGUGCGGCUAGCGUGGUUGCUAUGACGCCCUGGCUUCUGGAGCACCUGCAGGCAGCGUCUGCUGGGCCCUGAAUUUUGCAACGCCGGGACUCCUUGGGGGUACCCUCUUAGAGAAAAAUUGUUGGCCUUCUUCCGACCCACUCUCAAGGAGGAACGCUUUUAUUCUCCCCUUUUCCACAUUUCACUGCUUUAACGCUUCUCUCCCACGGAUGGCCCGAAACUCCAGGAGGAGCGCCUCUCCACCUCGGCGUUUCUAGCCCCAGGUUGGAGUGCAUCUGCUGCGAGGAUUUUCCUGUUUUCCCGGACCCUCAGCUGCUGUAGGCAUUUAGCAUCAAGAUGCCGCUGUUAUUUAGAGAGCGACUUAGACACGCUCGGUAAGUUAGGUAGGCAUUGCUGGUGAGGAGGCUGCCCCCCUACAGCUGACUGCUCCCCAAGGCCCAGGCUAAAUUACAGAGUCCACAGAGGCACAGCUGAUAACUACUUGUAGGCCCGGGAACGAAGAACUGCGGUUUCCUGCUUUUUUGGCCGAUACUCGUCUCGCUGAACCUUGAAUCCUGAGGAGCGCCUUGGGAACCUCAGCGUCCGAAGUCAUCAAAUUCUGCACUUGAGAAAGCUCAACUAGAAAUUGGGAGACUGAAAGAAAAUCUAAGAAAACUGAAAGAAAAUGAUAAAAUUGACCUACAGAAAGCAAAAGAACAUAAUCAAAGACUGAAUGAGGAAAUUUUGGCUUUAAGAAGUCGGGUCCGAUCACUUGACUCAGAAAAAAAAAUGCUUGGAGAAAUGGUUGAAAAACUUAAAGCAGAAUUGUGCCAGUCUCCAAAGAAUAAGCAACUUGGAAACCACUCCCCUGAAAAAACCGUGGGUGCUGAACAGAGAGUACAGAUAUUGAAAAUGAGCCAAGAAAAUGAGCCAAGAAAAAAUUGAAAUAUUUGAAACUGAUUUGUCAGAUGAGAGAGAGGGGAAAGAGCAGCUGGAAUCUGAUUUUGUUACUAUGCAGAAGGCCUUGAAAGCUGAUAGUGAGGAAUUACGAAACUCAAAGUCAGAACUCACAUGCCUUUUUAAUGAAAUUCAGAGUCUUCCAGGAGCAGCAGAAGGCAGAGAUCAUUUUUUAAUAGCAUAUAACCUGCUACAAAGAGAGAAUUCUGAUUUAGAAACAAAGAUCUUCGAAUUUUCACAAGAACUGGACCAAUUAAAUCCUUUUACUGUAAGGGGAAAAACUACAAUUGCUAAUUUAAUUACAAGUGAAAGUACAUGUAAGGCUCUGUUGCCGAAAGUACCAACUUUGGAAAUAGAAAUCCAAAGCCCACAGGAAGAGAUAAAGGAACUCUGUCCUGUGCUAGGAGAAAGUAAGCAGAAAGAAAGCCCAGAGGAAUCUGUAAAGGAGGGCACUUUUCCCAGUGAGGGGCAGAAGGAGGAGGACUCACAACAGGACUGUGCUGUGAAAGAUGAAGAGCAACAGUUGACUGAGAAGCGUCAGGAAGUUGAAAGGUUUGGAGAAGAGCUGAGCUCUGUGAGUCAGAGCCUCCUUGCAUCCCAGAACUCUGGGGAUAGCUCAGAUGACAGUAGCGCCCAGUAUGUAUCAUCUGGAGAAAAACUAAACUAUGAGCAGCAAGAGGAACUACAACAACUUCGCCAGAAUUUGCGUCGGCUCCAAAUCCUUUGCAACUCAGCUGAAAAAGAGCUUCAAUAUGAGAAAGGGAAGAACUUGGACUUAAAGCAGCAUAAUAGCUUACUUGAGGAAGAGAGCAUUAAGAUCAAACUUGAACUAAAGCAGGCCCAGCAGAAGUUGCUAGACAACACAAAGGUGUGCUGCUCUCUCACGGCAGAGUGGAAGCACAGUCAGCAGAAAAUCAAGGAAUUGGAGCUGGAAGGUCUAAAGCAGGCUCAGAGCAUUAAAUCACAGAGCUACCUGCAGGAAAAGCUGGCUCAGGAAAAAUCAAAAGUUGCCGAGGCAGAGGGAAAGAUUUUGGACCUGCAGCAGAAAUUAGAACAUGCUCGUAACGUCUGUCUUACAGACACUUGUACUUUGAUGAAGAAGCAACUGGAGGAAAAGAUCAAUGCAGCAAUAGAAAAUGAAGCUAAGUUAAAGCAGCAGUAUGAGGAAGAACAGCAGAAGAGGAAACUCCUUGAUCAGAAUGUAAAUGAACUACAAAGGCAAGUGAGAACCUUACAGGAGAAAGAGAGUCAGUUGGAAAUGACCAAUUCUCAGCAACAAGAGGCCUUACUUAAACAACUGGAAAAUGAAAAAAGAAAAUGUGAUGAGCAUAUGAAGAGCAAGCAGGCACUGUCAGAGAAGCUGUCUGAGUUGCUGCAAGAAAAGGAAGCUCUGUGGGAAGAACAUGGGCGAUACCUAGAGCAGCUUGACAAGCACAUGAGAAACUGCAAUGAAAAAUAUCACCACCGCAAAGCUAAGCUUCAAAAGGUCAAGGAUCAUUUAGUUCAUGAAGUAGAAAUACGAAAUAAGAGAAUUAAACAACUUGAAGAUGAAACUGGAAUACUGCAACAAAGAAUUAAAUCGGAGAAGAAAUUCCAGGAACAGAUCUUGGCCCAGAAUGAUACCCUACUCCUAGAAAAAAGGAAGCUUCUAGAACAAGUCCUCAAUCAAGAAGAAUUGAUCAGCAGCAACAAAAGCAUAAUCUCUUCAAUUCAGAGCAAAGCAUUUUUCCUGGAUAAAGAAAAUCAGCAGCUACAGGAGAAUCAUUUCCGUCUCAUGCAGCAAGUCAUCCUCCUGGAGCGCAUUUUAUGGAGCAUCCAGAUUCACAGAAGAGAGGAGGCAAUUAGUGAGAUUCCUGAGUUUGAAGUAUUGAAUAAAAUACUGCCUUUACCAAACUCUAGUUCCUCAGGAAUAGGUUUGGAAGAGUCAGCUGGAAAUAUUCAAGAAACUAAAGAAUGUAAGCCUGAAGCAAGAACAACAAUCCCAGAGUCCCCAGAGUCUCCUUCCCAUUCACAGAAUUCUGAAACUGGAUCCAAGAAUGCGGCUGCUGUGAAACAGACAUACAGCCUACAGAACAAUACCAAAGUUCAAAACUGUAAAAUCGCUGGUGUCUGAGACUAUACUGAUCAAAACUGCUAAUUUAAAGCUUGGACACAAAGGUGGAAUACGAUAUGGACAAGAGUUCCACAGAUGUCUACUAGCUGUCAACCAAGAGUCUUCAAAAUUGCUGAUAAAUUCAUUAAACAAUUUCUAAAAA